AUGAGGCUGUUAUCCUUAUUGAUCUUCAUACCCUUCCUCCCACUUUGUCCAGCAUUAGUAUGCUGGCGCAAUACGAGCUGCGAUGGACCCCUGGCUCCAGCAUUCACAGGCCCCUGGGAAUCCUACAUUUUGGCACCCAAUUCCCGGUGGGUCGAGCCGAGGAGUAUCUUCACGUUAACCAACACAACCGCCUCGCCGUAUCCCGGAUCCAUCACACUCACCCGCGGUCAGUCUUUGUACGUAUUAGACUUUGGCUUUGAAGUCGGCGGUGUUGUGCAUCUGGACUGGAGCACAAAUGAUACAGGACAGCUCGGACUCGCCUUUUCAGAGGCGAAGAAUUGGAUCGGCGAAUUUUCGGACAAUUCGCACGCCGGCGACCCAGAUGGAGCGAUAUAUGCGCCUCUAAGCAAUGGCACUGGAACUUAUGUGAUGCCUGACAAUCUCCUCCGGGGCGGCCUUCGGUAUCUUUCUCUUUUCCUACCGGGGAAUGGAUCCGUUACUAUCUCAAACCUCACCCUGGAGAUGAGUUUCCAACCUACAUGGCCCAACCUAAAAGCGUAUCAGGGCUAUUUCCACUCGGAUGAUGAGUUGCUCAACAGAAUCUGGUAUGCCGGAGCGUAUACUCUCCAAGCUUCCAUAAUCCCCAGUAACGCAGGCGGUGGAAUAGAUGCGGCCCCUCCUGAAUACCCAUGGAACUAUAUCGGUAUUGCAGCGAAUGGGAGCUCUGUGCUUGUCGAUGGCGCAAAACGUGAUCGCCUUGUGUGGCCUGGGGAUAUGGGAAUUGAACUACCAUCACUAUAUCUAAGUCUUGGUCCCGCCAGUGGUGUCAGAGAGGCCCUAAACACCAUUUAUGAUCAUCAGAACAUCGAUGGCUCGUUUCCUCAGGCAGGCCCGCCUUAUCUGGCUCAGGAUAGUGAUACCUACCAUAUGUGGACCAUGAUAGCGACGUACUACUAUAUCCUCUACACGGAUGACAUGGACUGGUUAUCGCAAUACUGGGCCGGAUACAUCAAAGCGAUGGAGUUUAUCUAUGCGAAGGUCGCAGCAGACGGACUACUGAACGUCACAGGCACAAACGACUGGGCACGUCUAACACAAGGGGGGAAGAACAGCGAAGCAAAUAUGAUACUCUACCACACUCUCACCACUGGUGUCACCCUUGCCCGAUGGAUUGACAAUGACUCCCAAUUCAUUGGAACCUGGCUGGAUUAUUCCUCUGCACUCCGAGAAGCAAUCAAUCUAUACUGUUGGGACACGUCAUUCGGAGCCUUCAAAGACGACGCUGGGCCAUCAACACUAUAUCCCCAGGACGCAAACAGCAUGGCAAUUGCUUACAACGUCGUCUCCCCCACGAGCAACGCCUCUCGGUGCAUCAGUGAGUAUCUACACACGAACUGGAACGAACUCGGCCCUGUCUCGCCCGAGCUCCCGCACAACAUCGUCCCCUUCAUCUCAUCAAUCGAGCUCCAGGCGCACUUCACAUCCGGACACACGCUUCGUGGAUUAGAUCUCAUCCGAAGGACUUGGGGGUGGUACCUCAACAACCCUAAUGGCACGCAGAGUACUCUGAUCGAAGGGUUCAAGGACGAUGGCUCGUUUGCCUAUCGCUACAACAAGGGCUACAAGGAUACCAGCUACACAUCGCACGCACAUGGCUGGAGUACCGGGCCCACCUCGACAUUGACCGAGUAUGUGCUUGGGCUUCGCGUCACGGAACGUCUAGGGAGGUCCUGGAGACUGAGCCCGCAAUUUGGGGAUUUAACCCAUGUUGAAGGUGGUUUCGUCACUGCUCUCGGUAGGUUUAGGGCAUCGUGGGAGGUGACGCCCCGAGGGUAUGAAAUCAGGGUCGAUACCCCUGCGAAGACGCGUGGCGAGAUACUGCUUCCUGUUUUACCUGGGUUGGAAAAUAGGGUUCAGCUCGACCAACGUCGUGUUGAACAUGCAAUCGGAGAUGGAGUGCUCAAGGUCCAGGUGGCGGGCGGUUCUCAUCUGGUGAAAGUGUCAUGA